UUUUAGUUUGAAAUGCAUUUCUUCGACGAAAAGUGCGACAAGGAUAAACAAAUCGAUUUGAUUGGCUAACUGAGUGAACACUAUCCUAACUGUAUAAAGACUAUUAUUGAACCAUAGAAAAUAACUUCCAAAAUUCCAUUCUCACCUCAAUUUUUCGGAUGGAUUCUCCCAACCUUCUCUUCGCGACUCCAUCGGUAGGUAGGAAGAAUGCAACCUUAAUCUGCGCCCCUGUAAUAGCAGAAUCAGUUGAAAAAAUGAAGAUCGAUAUGCACAGAGCCAAAGCUGAAGGUGCAGACCUCGUGGAACUUCGAUUGGACUCGUUGAACACCUUCGAUCCCUUCCAAGACAUCACCACUCUUAUUCACCACCGUCCGCUACCAUUGUUGUUCACGUACAGGCCGAAAUGGGAGGGUGGUAUGUAUGAUGGUGAUGAAAACAAACGGUUGGACGCACUAAGGGUAGCAAUGGAGUUGGGAGCCGAUUACAUCGACGUUGAACUUCAGGUGGCGCAUGAGUUCUACGACUCUAUACGUGGGAAGAAAUACAACGAAACCAGGGUCAUUGUUUCAUCUCACAACUUCAAACUUACUCCUUCAACUGAGGAUCUCAGUAACCUCGUAGCAAGAAUACAAGCAACGGGAGCAGACAUUGUGAAGAUUGCAACAACUGCUGUGGACAUUGCUGAUGUGGCACGCAUGUUUCAAAUAAUGGUGCAUUCUCAAGUUCCGUUGAUUGGACUUGUUAUGGGUGAUAGGGGGUUGAUUUCUCGUGUACUAUGUGCGAAAUUUGGUGGCUAUAUGACUUUUGGUACCCUUGAAUCAGGAGUAGUUUCAGCUCCUGGUCAACCUUCACUUAAGGAUCUAUUGCAUCUGUACAAUUUCAGAGCACUGGCACCUGAUACAAAAGUGUUUGGGCUUAUUGGAAAGCCUGUUCGUCAGAGUAAAUCACCCAUGUUAUUGAAUGAAGCCUUCAAGUCAGUUGGUUUUAAUGGUGUUUAUAUAAUUUUACUGGUCGAUGACAUUGCCAAUUUUCUCAGGACUUACUCUUCUACAGAUUUUGUGGGAUUCAGUGUUACCCUUCCUCACAAGGAGACGGCGGUUAAGUGCUGUGAUGAGGUUGAUCCAGUGGCUAAGUGUAUAGGAGCUGUGAAUUGCAUUAUCAGAAGACCAACCGACGGGAAAUUAAUUGGGUAUAACACAGACUACGUUGGUGCUAUUUCUGCAAUUGAGGAUGGGUUACGAGGUAAACAUAAUGGUAGUAGCACAACUGUUUCGCCAUUAGCCGGUAAGCUGUUUGUUGUAAUUGGGGCCGGUGGUGCUGGCAAAGCGGUUGCUUAUGGUGCAAAAGAGAAAGGAGCAAGGGUUGUGAUUGCGAACCGUACCUAUGAGCGAGCCAGAGAAAUUGCUGAUGCAAUUGGAGGAGAUGCUUUAGCCCUUGCCGAUUUAGAUAAUUUCCAUUCGGAGGAUGGUAUGAUUCUUGCAAACACAACAUCAAUUGGAAUGGUACCAAAAGUUGACGAGACGCCUAUUUCUAAGCAUGCUUUGAAACAUUACUCCCUAGUUUUUGAUGCUGUGUACACACCCAAGAUGACUAGACUGUUGAAAGAAGCAGAAGAAGCAGGAGCCACAAUUGUGACAGGAUUUAAGAUGUUUAUAGGGCAAGCGUAUGGGCAGUUUGAGAAUUUCACCGGAUUGCCUGCACCAAAGAAGCUCUUCAGACAAAUUAUGAAAGACUACUAAUGAGACAGCCACCUAAACAACUCAGUUGGAAAAGGAGUAGGCAUUUCGGAUCGAAGAAAUCGCGUAGAAGUUAGAUUUUGCCCUUUGUAAGAACAGUAUAUAUAUUAACUGAAUAUGGUAACUAUCAGUAUUGGCUUGUUUUAUAUUUUAUUAUCUUUUGAUUGUUAAGAUAGAUUCUUGAAAACGAUUAUAAAUGGAGACAAAAAUUUAGAAAA